UGAUCGAGGAGCGUGAAACUUCGUUUUCAGUUUCGAAUCGUACGUUGACGGAAGCGGGUGGCACGAAUCCUCCUUUUUUUCUUUAUACUUAUUCUGUACUUUGGGGCAUAGGCUGUUUAGAAAUUAAAAUUUGCGUCAAAAAGAAAAUGCAAGUUGAGUGAUGUUUCCAGGAGGAUCAGGCAGGACAGUUAUUGUAGUGAAGUCUUUUUAAACGGUUUCGUGGGCGAAUAUAUCGUAAUUGAGUGCAUCGUUUUCGGUUGACAGUAAGCAAAUUCCUCGAAGGUGUUCGGUUGCAGAAAGUAGUUGGAAUUAAGAUCGUUCCGAAAUCGCUGGGGACGAAAGCAGUCUGUGAAAUUCCGCCAAUGUGCUUCAAAGUGCCAUAUGUUGAUGAGAGUGUUCUUCUUCGGAUUUGGGUACGGUGGUAGUGAUUGAUCGGGUUUCGGCCUAAUGUCCAAGCGACAAUCGUCCCAACUUAUUGAAUAUUCAUGAAAACUGAUUUUUCGUCGUUUGGUUGUUUCCAUCGGCAUUUUUUCUUCGAUUUGGUUAGCUGUUUGAUUCUCCCGGCAUUUGGGCUAGCUGGUGGCUUCUGAGAGGGCCCAUUUGGCGGUUUUUGUGGAUGGAACCUGUGUGGAGAAGAGAAAAAAGGUGCCAUUUAUUUUGUGAUCAAACUCAAGGGGGAAAACGAUUACACGCGUGAAAAUUUUCAGCCGGCAAGCGAAAAUUUCCGCCUGAGGCUAGUGAGAUUUUUUCCCUUCUUUUUUCUAUGUGAUCUGCAAAGUCAUGUGAAAAUUCUGUUUAAAAAGAGCUGUGCUGCGUAAACGACAGAAGUGUUUCAACGAAGGAAAACAAAACUGUUGUGUUUUGUACUUUUUUGUGCAUUUUUUGGUACUUGCGUCUUUUUAUGACUAAACAACACCUUGCCGUGUGGAUAAGAUGUGCACGCACACGCGCCUCGUUUGAAAGUUUCGAGUAAAUAAUCUCAAGGAUCCGUUGAUGAACGGUAGAAAAAUUACGAAAAAUUGUGUUAUGCUCAGAUAACAAAAAAAAAAAGUGGUUCAGUGAGUGUAUUGGUCAGCUGUUUUCAGGGGGUGCAUUUCCGGUCAAGUUCAUCAACAAGUUUUGGACCUCAACGACUCACCCGUUAGCGGAAGUUGUUUUAUUCUACUUAACAGUUUCUCCUGCCAAAUCAUCCGGACAAAAAAUCAAAACGACCCCAAUGUAAACCGAAGCUCGAAACGCCUUUUCUGCAAGCAGCCUCAGGCCAAUGAUUCUGCCAGGGUCGCCCUAAAUCAUCCAUUUUUUUUUGAAAAUUUCUCUGGCGAGGCCAUAAUAGAACCGCCGGCGCGUCCGGCCCGCACCAUCCCUCGUACCGGAUUCGAGUUUCAGGGCCCUGACCGCCAUCGUAGUGGUCGAGGUCAAGGUCGAAGAAGUGGCAGAAGUCGUCAGGAGGACCCGGGCCAGGAAGAACAGCGAAACGUCAUCGUUGCCGUCUUCGACCAGGAGGACCAGGGUACAGAAGACGAGAACGAGAACCCUGGACUCCCUGGAAGUGGUCCGGUGAGGGGGAUCCUCGUCGCCAUGACGACACGGUGGACGAAACCGAAGUGCAUCAUCUGGCUCGUCAUCGCAGUGGUAAUGUUGAUCAUCCUGACGCUGAUAGUGAGCCUGGUAAGCCACGGUGGAAGUGCCAGUCCACAACCGGCUCCACCGCCUGCUCCCGGAAGAAGUGCAUCCGAAGGUAGUGCAGUGGGUAUCUUAGUGACUAGUGAAUACGAUGGGCCAGUUAGGACAAGAAGUGGGACGGGGAGUAGUGGGGAAGUGAUUAGUGGUGGUAGCGGUGCGGUCGAUGUUUCGACGAUACGAGGACCAGUGGGAGGUGUUUUGAGUCCAGGUGAUCCAACAGGCUCAAUUCUGCGAAGGCCUGGCCUGGAUGGCAGCAGCAACAUCAACAACAAUCGGACCACCGCCAACGAAGACUUUAUUGGCGGAAUUGGGGGGAUCAACACAGGAUUUGACAGCCGGGACAUUCCCUGGUUGCAUGAUCCCGAUAAUCCCGAUGUGGUCUACAUAAAGCCGACCAAGAUCCUGGUGCAGCCGCUGCACGAUCGGGAUCUGCUCUAUCAUUCAAAUACAGACCCUACCAAAUCCCACCGAACGGGUCUGUACCGGCAUCGAACGUCACGAAUCUGGGACCCCAAUCCGGAGUACAAGAUUGACGCGUUCGGGCUGCAGAUGCACAUCGUCUUGUGGCACGACAGCAGCUUCAUGGACAAAGACCUUAAGGUGACCCACGUGUGGCCAAACGAAACCCUGCGCAGGCCGGAAGACCACCAGGAUCACGACGGGCUGCAGGGUUGCUUCUACAAGGGCCACGUGGUCGGCGACGAGAAAUCCUCGGUCACCGUUUCGCUGUGCGAAGGAAUGCGGGGUCACAUUCGUACCUCCAGUGGAUCGUUCUUCAUCGAACCGAUUCAGCAAUACUCGAACGAGGACAUCAACAUCUAUCAUAGGCUGACCCGGGAACGACCAGUUCCGGUGGCCAGAAGCGGUUCCGGAAUCGACGAGCUGGAAGCGACGGACAAAGAUACAGCCAGUAAUUGCGCCUUGGAUCUCAAACAGGAAGAACAUAACCUCAAUGGCGACACCAACAGCCAACAGCCGGCGAUGCACCUGGAGAGUGUCAUCUUAGCGGAAGAAGGAGUCAAAGGCCAUAGAAGAUCAAAGCGUAGUACGGCACACCUUUCCAACAACGAGUACACGAUCGAGGUGCUGGUGGCGGUCGAUAAGAAGAUGCAGGAGUACCACGGGAAGACGCUCAAGUCCUACGUGCUAACGCUGAUGUCGAUCGUUUCCAGCAUUUACGCCGACGCCAGCAUUGGGAAUUCAAUUAAGAUAGCCGUGGUGCACAUUCUGUACGUCCACCAGGACCUGGCCGCACACAGCACGAUCGACCUGAACGGCAGCAAGGGCGUUUCGGCGUCCGAUAUGCUGAUGGCGUUCUGCAACCUGAAGCACCAGGCCGGAUUCCACCACGAUACGGCGUUCCUGCUGACGCGGGAGCAAAUUUGCCGGAAUCAGAUGAAGUGCGACACGCUCGGUCUGGCCGAACUCGGCACGAUGUGCAAGCGACACUCGUGUGCGAUCGUGCAGGACAAUGGUCUGUCGGCGGCGUUCACGAUCGCACACGAACUCGGACACGUAUUGAGUAUGCCCCACGAUGACGACAUACGCUGUGGCCCGUUCCGAAACGAGGGUGUCGGCAAGCAGAACAUCAUGUCCCGGAUGCUGGACCAGAAUACGCAUCCCUGGUCCUGGUCCAACUGUUCCCGCCAUUUCGUUACCGAAUACCUGGAACAAAAGCACGCCGAAUGUCUACUGGACAAACCGACCACGGACCUGAUCGAACCGUCUUCGACGCACACCAAGCUAGCCGGGGAAAAGUUCACCAACAACCAACAGUGCGAAUUGGUCUUCGGAAAUGGGUCCCGGGUGUGUUCCUUCAUGCCGGUCUGCGAGCGGCUCUGGUGCAACAACGGAGACGAACUGGACGGCUGUCGGACCCAGCACAUGCCCUGGGCCGAUGGCACAAGCUGCGGUCAAAAUCAGUGGUGUCAGAAGGGAAAAUGCGUCCACGUCAAUCGAAAAGCGCUACAACCGCAGGACGGUGGUUGGGGUCCAUGGAAUCCGUUCAGCGAAUGCAGUCGAACGUGUGGUGGUGGGGUGCAGAGAUCGUCCCGGGCCUGUGAUUCACCUUCGCCGGCGAAUGGUGGUAAGUACUGCACCGGAAUGCGGAUACAGUAUCGGUCCUGCAAUACGCAGGAAUGUCCGGAGAAUACCCGGCCUUUUCGGGAGGAGCAGUGUCAUGAACUGGAUGGUAAUAACUUUGAGAUUCCUGGUUUGGAGAAGAACGUGAAGUGGGUGCCGAAGUAUGGAGUGCGGGCUGAGGAUCAGUGCAAGCUGUAUUGCAGGGUGGAGGAUUCGAAUAAUUACUUUUUGUUGAGGGACAAAGUCAUCGAUGGGACGCCGUGUACUCAUCCUCACGAAGGAUACGAUAUGUGUAUCAAUGGGCAGUGUAGGCAGGCCGGAUGCGACUAUAAGUUGGAUUCGGAUGCUAAGCUGGACAAAUGUGGGAAAUGUGGUGGAAAAAAUGACACCUGUAAAGAAGUCAGGGGGGUAUUUUCGUUCAGCGACAUACAUCACAUGAAGAAGCCGUACGUGCAGAAAAUUGUUCGGAUUCCGAGAAGAUCCACCAACAUUGAGAUCGUUCAGCGAGGGUAUAAAGACGAUGGAAACUAUUUGGCUCUUAGAGACGAAAAUUGGGAGUACAUCUUCAACGCUCCCAAAGCUAGCGUAGUGUCCGGCUUCAAGAAGCGCUACUUCGCUGGAGUUACGCUGGAGUACAACGGUCCAGAGGAACCCAUUGAAACGAUCCGGUCGGACUUUGGACGACCGUUGAAGAAGGACCUGAUCGUCGAGAUCUAUUCCAUGUCCAAGAUGCGUCCGGUGAGCGAUAAUAUUGUAGAGUACAGCUACCAAACCCCCAUCGAUAGGCCAAAUCCCGGAGUAUCGGUCAGCAAAACGGUUCCGCCGUCGGUCCAGCAGUUACCUAGUCAUAACCUAGUCAGUAGCCAGACCUUCCACUGGAAGAUGUCCGACUGGAGCAAGUGCGAUCAGAGCUGUUCCGGAAUGCGGAAUCGAACGGCUAGAUGUCACGACGUCGAAACCGAUGAAGAACAACCGGAUAGCUUCUGUGAAGUUAGCGCCAAACCACAGAAAGAGUACCAACCUUGCAAUACCGAUUGUAAAUUUGAAUGGGAAGCAACGAGUUCGCAGUGUUCCAAUUCCUGCGGCGAAGGUAUCAAGAACGUCCAGUACCAAUGCGUGCAGCGGUACUUCAAAACUCAGCAAACGAACCCCGUUAAUCCGACCUACUGUGUCAACAUCCAGAAACCGAUUCAUCAGGAAAAAUGCCACGGACCGUGUCCGGACGCGAUCUGGUCCUACGGCGACUGGGAACCGUGUUCACGAACGUGUGGUGGUGGUAGGCAGACUCGUACCGUCACCUGUUUGUCGUCCGCGGCCGAGACCGGCUUCCGGAUCAGCGAGAGCUUCUGCUCCCGGCUGUCCCGCGAGGAAACCUUCCGGCCCUGCAGCACCGACCGUUGCCCCGAGUGGGUCACAGGAGAACUGACACCGUGCUCGGUGACCUGUGGAGAAGGCCAGCAACGGUAUGCUAUCCACUGUGUACUAAACAAUGUUAGCGUUAACGCAGCUUUAUGUGGCCAGCGUCCGGUCGCCGUGAUCGUCAACUGCACCAUGCCCCCCUGCGAGAAGAAGCACGAACCGUCGACCUACGUUUACUCGGGAGAAGAAAGGAAGCCGUUGGCGAGCCCAAACAGCGACUACCUAUCGGCGACCAAUUCCAUUUCGUAUCACAACAGCAGCAACGGCAGUGCCAAUCAGAAUCCUUACAAGUGGUGCACCGGCGUCUGGAGCCACUGCAAAGCCAAAUGCAACACAGAAGGUCAAAAACGACGUAAGGUGCAGUGUUGCUAUCGACACGACGAGUCCGUCAUCGUGGACGAUCUGUACUGUCAGCACGAGAAGAAACCCUCGGAACAAACCAACUGUGGCAACUUCCGUUGUCCCCUCUGGAACUUUGGUCAGUGGGGCCAGUGCAAUGACGAUUGCAAACGCCAUCGUCAAGUGCUCUGUCAAGAUCACCGGGGCCAGGAAAGUAACGAAUGUCCCCUGAACCAGAAACCACCGGCCGUUGAGUCCUGUUGCCACUUCCGAUGGAGGGUUACCAACUGGAAGCCUUGCAAUGUGACGUGUGGUGGAGGCGACGGUUAUCGAACCGGCGAACGUGUCUGUAUGCGUCUGUUCCCCAAAUCGGCCGACAAUCCCCAUCCGGUCAAAACGGGCCGAAAGGUCGACGCCAAGAACUGUGCCCACGCCAAGAUCCCACCGGCCAAGAAGCUGGUGCGCAAAUGCAAACCUUGCCAGUUCCGGUGGGAGGUUUCACCGUGGUCCAAGUGUUCGGUCGGUUGCGGGGUUGGCCUUGCAACGCGCAAUGUCACUUGCAACAACGGUCGCACCACUGCAAAUGUCUGCGACGCCAAACACAAACCGAGCAACGUCAAACCCUGCGAAACGCACAGCUUCUGCCGCUGGAACACCGGCCGAUGGAAUAAAUGCAAGUGCGAUGGUUACCAGCGGCGCAGCGUCAAGUGUCACGACGAGCUCACCAAUUCGGAAUCGAACCGGUGUCCGGAACCGAGACCGAUGCAGAAGAAAAAGUGCCACCCGGCUCCGGACUGCCGACCACGGCACAGCAAAUCGCUAAGCAACAGCAGCAGCUACACCUGUCACGAUAUCCAGCGACGGACCCGGGUCGAUGGCGAGUAUAUGCUCACAGUCAAAGGGCGGCCGGUGUCCAUCUACUGUCACAACAUGACCUCCAAUACGCCGACCGAGUAUCUGACGCUGAAGGCGGGCGUCGUGGAAAACUACGCCGUCUACAUCAACAAGCGGGCGGCCAACGCUGGGGUCUGUUCGCCCUCGAGUUCCGAUUGGGUCGACGAAAGCAUCAGCUACGGGGCAACGCACUAUCACCGCAUCCGGCUGAACAUCCACACCCUGCAGGUGAUCGAGGACGACCAUCGGUUCACGGACCGAUCCGGCAAGCCGCAACUGUUCGGAUCGGCUGGCGAUUGUUACAGCAACACCGCCAAGUGUCCGCAGGGCGAUUUCAGCAUCAACCUGGAGCAGACCCCGUUCCGGAUACGACCCCAAACGCAGUGGGAAACCAAGGGCCAAAACGCGGUGAUACACUUUCUGAUACGGUUACAACCACCGUACAAAAAAGUUCGCGCUCGAUGUGGUGGCUACUGUGGCAGCUGCUCGGUGUCCAGAUCUACUAAACUGUUCCUAGAAUUGGUGUAGUGACUCGAAAAAAUCGAAUUAGAGUUACCCGAUGCCAUCCUACUUUCGGGACAUCCUAAUUAGAGCGAUUCCCAUGAAGUGGGAUGAUAACGAAACAAAUUCUCAACUGAAGCUACAUAUAUAUGUGUAGCUCUAGAUGUAUGUGUGUCACAAGUGAAUCAGCAAAUCAAACAGAAAAAAAUCGCAGACAAUUAAAAAUGACGAACAGAGCUGCGUGCAGACUUACGUUUGCACAAACCCGCACUGGUAAAGAAGGCCAUAGACUACACAAGUGGCUUGUGCAAAUUCGACGAUUCCAUGACUAUUGUUUGAUUCUAUGCUCGCCCACACCCGAUACAAACAGAUUUCACGCGAAUACAAACGAUUGCUGGCGAAAACAGCAACAGCAAAAAUCCCCAUUACCCCGGCUGGAGCUGAGUAAAUGGCCUGAAUUUUGUACAAACAGCACAGAGAGUUGUUUGUACAAAAUAUUUCGAUCCCGACCGAUUUUACUAAAACCGUUGGCCCGUCCAUUUGAGCAGUGCCAUACACUAUGCAAAUCGUGUUCACAGCGACAGAAUUUCAUCGAAUUUCAUCGCAUUUGUGCAAAUGUUGUGUAGUCUAUGGUCCGCUUUACAAUAAUGUUGCCAAUUUACACACAAAUAAUAAUAUGGAAAAAAACGUACCACCCUCUUUUCUAAUAAGAUUCUUAACUAAAAGUAUUUAUUGAAACACAAACUAUCAAUGGGAAUGUAUCCUUAGUCGUGCUUUAGUUGUAAGAGAUUUUAGUUUUCAAAAUUUACGUGUUUUGAAAAAAUUCGUUUUUAAUGUAAAUUUGACAAUGAUGAACGUUGAAUGUGGAAGGAUUUCCGGAAGUUGUUACGGCAUAAAUUUUUUGUCAAAUUGUCAAUUGUGAUAAGCGAUAAAUGAGAAAUCGAACAGUGUUGCCAUUAGGUUUUGUUUUUGAGUUGCCGUUUUCUGGACAUCCUUCUGAGAGCUUCCUGUUCUAGAUUGUUCAGUUUUAUGAAGCAAUCGCCAGACCAGAUAGUAAUAUUUCCAUUUAAUUGUCCAUGAAGGGUCAUCAUAAUUGAAACUACGCAUAAAAACACUCACAAACAUCGUUCUACGUACUUGUCUAAAAAUUGAUUAACAUAACCACAAACACUAUUAUGUAUUAACCGAAUAAGUCGUAAACUCUUUGUGCUUCCAUGAAAUCGUUCAAUGCUGCCAACUUCAAACGAUAGGUUUCAAAUAUAGGACAAAAAACCAACAAAACAAAACGUGCCUCUUUAGUGAUAAAGUAGCCCCUAGCAAAAAAAACUUACAAGCAAAAAUUUAAAAAGCCGCGUAAAAACCAACACCACCAAGUUUACUUUUAGGCGUUCACCAAAGUACAAAAUUACAGAAUCUCAUCAGCUCCUCGAACGACGAAACUGAGCUGGAAAAAGCAGAAAAUCGAAAAAAUUUCCACGAAAAAAAUACUCACUGUUGGCAAAGAUUAAAAGAAAUCUUUAAAAACGUUUAGGUAAUGAAUUUUUUAUGAAAUUUAUUGGAAUUUUACUAUUUGCACUCACUCAUCCACAGCUUUAACAAUUUUGAAUGAAAAAAAAAUUGUUAGAAUUAGCCACUUUGUGCAAACAAAACGGCCAGCAAUUCGAUAGAGGAUAAGUUAUUGAAUAAAAUAGGUGUUUUAUCAAAAACCACUCUUUUAGACACUGGAUAACGAAAUUUGUUCUACUUUCUAGCGAAAUUGGAGCUAAUAGAAGUUCGGUAGUGUUCAAACUGUGUAUAAUCCCGUAGGAAAUUAAUCAAACUCAUCCGAUGCUAAUUAAGAUUUAAAAAAAAUGCAAUGCGCCACCCGCACCGCCCGCGUACAGAACAUGAAUUGAAACUACUGCAUGGAAGCUUUAAACUGCCAUAUAUACUUUAAGUUGUCAAGUAAGUGGCGAUAGCCAUUUUAAGCCACUUACUUGAAUCCCCCAAUCAUUUCAUUUCACUAUACCUUCUCUUAUAUUAUCUAGUUAACAAUCUUCUAGAAGUUGAGUAGCCAGAUCGUUUCAUAUUAAAAAUAAAACAAAACAAUAAAAAGUAACAAAGUUACUGGACGAUAAUAAAUGUAAAGCCAGAGAUAUCGUAUUAGACCAGUAAGUUUGUCGAAUAAGGUAAAGAGUAUAGAUGAGAGUGGAGAAAAAGAUUAUCAAGUAUUAGAAAUCGAAACUUGUCAUCUAGAGUCAUGCAUUUCUGACCUAAUGAGCUAGCUACAAUACUAGACAGCCUUAACUCGCCCUUCAAUUAACAAUAAUCAAUUUGUUUUAGAGAGAAUUAAAUAAAUUGUAAAUACUACUUCUAAAAUAUUUUAAAAAAAAAUUAAACCGAAAUCCAUCUUUGAUAUUAUAAAAUGCUCAAAACUGAGUAUUUUAAAAUUUAAUUAAAAAUUUCAAUGUAAUUUACAAGAAAAUUGGUCCCGAAAACAAAUAAUAAUCAUUUGUAUAAUCACAGUAAAAUCCACAAUUUUCCAAUUUUUUCAUUCGUCAAACGAAAUGCUUGGCACCCGGACUUGAGGUUGUAUCUUUGUAACAAUGUAGGUCUAAAAAAAAACUAGAUUUCAAAGUAAAAGCAAGAAGGUCGAAUUUGAUCCAUGGCAGCGAUAGUUUUAAGAAAAAAACAAUGUUUUCCUAUAUCAAUAAAUUUUUGUUUGUAAUAAUGCA